AUGAAAGAGCAGAAGGAGACACUGCAGACCAAAACCUUAAUCCUAGAAAAUUUUCAGCUUGCUAAAGCACCUAAGCUGAAUGCUGAGGUUGCAUCAAUACUCGAUCCAAGCCUUCAGAUUAGAAAAGCGGUACACCCUCAAUCGUCUCAAGACCUACUAGGAGUGCUCUGGGAAAGUACCGAGUGCCCCCCUCGUCAACCAAGCGGACAGGGCCGCGCGCACCCCGUGCGCAGUCCCUCUAUCAUACACCAGACACCGGCUGCGCCUAAUGGGCCCCGACGCCAGCCGCCAUCGCCAGUCCGGUCG